AAAUCAGAGUUAUUGUUAUCUCUUCUGGCAUUUCCGGAACUUCCUCUUCCACUCUUAAUAACUGGAAUUUGAAAUGAAGUUUUCAUCCCUCCAGGAGAGAUGGUGAAAUAUAUUGCUUCAAUCCAAAAUAAGAAGCUCUGCCUUACCAAGGUGCUGAAGGGUUCUGCUAUGGUAUGUCUGGACUGCACUGAAUCCCUCUGGGAUGUAUCAUGUGCCUGUAUAUACUCCACCAAACUGUGUUACUUCUGAUUGCCCGUAAAAUGUCAAUGGCAUUUUAUCAGUACACUGUUAAUUCAAGCAACUAGCAUGGAUUUUCAGAGGUUAUUCAAUCACUCCAGCAUUUUGAACCUAACACAUUAAACUUGCAGUAAAUCCAUCUUUGAGGUCUCUAGUGUUGGCUAUGAAAUGUGAUUGCUGCUUGGUACUUGCUCUCUUGUUCAAAUGAAUUUGGUAGGAUAAUGUUGCCAAACAGGGGUGUAACCGAUCUGUGACACCCUGGCUUUAUGCUAGACUAGCUACCAGGUUUUUUUGCAUCUAGAUUAGAAGUGGAUACCCACAAAAAUGUUGCAUUUUGGUUUUCAUCUAUGUCGGCAGGGAUGUGGCUGUUGCCACCACAUUGUGCAUUUUGCUCUUGUCAUUCACUGAUCCAGGAUGAAGAAUCAUGUAAGGACACAGACACAGCCUUCAAUAUCAGAUAGCUUAUCAAUCUAGUAGCUGCACAUAUUUAAUCAGCAGUUGUUGCUUGGAGCUAUACAGAAAGGGGUGGAUAAUUGACAAUACUAGUUAAAAAAAAAAAACAAAACAAAAAAAAACAAUGACUCAUUAGUGCAUGUCAACUCACUCCAAAAGUAAUGUAACCUUUGUGAUGUAUGGAUGGAUUCAGCACAUGAGAAGUAUGGUCAGCUCACAGAUUUGCAGCACAUGGUGGAAGACAAAGAAUGUGAGUAGCAAGUAGCAAAUCCAUGGAUGAGUCCUCCGUGUCAUGAACCUGCAGCCCUGUAACUUCUGACUAGCUGUUUUUUCAGCUUCCAUAAUGGUCUUUUAGCACAGAAUUUGUGAGCAAUGCUAUAGUACUUUGCCUACAUACGUGCUUUCUUUUCUUACUGCAUUUGCCAAUCUAUUCUACCUUUUCUCUUCUGUUUGUCCAAAUGGUUCCUCAAGAGAGCAUGUUUUGUUUUUGUCAGAGUUUGUUUCCAAACGUAGUGGGAUAGGAGGGUGUUGCUAUACACUGGUCUAUGCAGUGCUGCAUAUUUGUCUUGCAGUAAAUAGGUAAGGUCAAAACCUGGACUUUACAUUUCAAGGAAGAAAUCACAAGGCUUGUGAGGAGGUCAGUAGUGUCCCUUGAUCGUGUGUGCAUCUAACAUGCUGCUUAGAAAGCUCUGUUAGGUGCCUAGGCAAGUUUAGCUUCAUACUGGAAAGUCGUGUCAGAAAAGGAAAACUGUCCUAGUCACUGCUCUGGAACUUCAUUGAUCUUUUACUUGCUUGAGUCCUAGCAAUUGAAUACCUCAAAGACAAAGUUUGAAAUGUUUAACUCACUUGGAUCUUGUUUACUGUGUGCUUUUUCUUAUCAGCUGUGGGAAUGAACUUGUAAAGACUGCAUCCAUCUGGGACCCUUUACCCUCACUUGGAGCGUGCAUGAGAUACGGGAUUUGGGGCUGCUUUCAAAAGCUCUGAUAACCCCAGCUGCAUGUUUGUUUGAUCUUUGUGAGCUGCUGUGACCACUGCUGUGUGAUCCAAAACACAGCUAUGUCAGAUGUCCCAUGGCCUAUUCUUGAACUGUGGAGCACUUAGAUGAUGAUGCAGAGUGGAGCCAUGUGUAUCUCUCCAGAACUCUGUGGAAGUGACAAGUGAAACAGAUGGCAAGCAGCCCCUGGACUCAUCUUCUCUGGUUUGCGGUGAUGGGAGCCAAACAGCAGUGCUGAAGGGAGGAAGAGGAGCAUCGCCCUGCCACAACAUGGCCCCGCGUGCCAGCCCACCUGAUGGUGGCUGGGGCUGGAUGAUUGUGGCUGGCUGCUUCCUGGUCACUAUCUGCACCAGGGCCGUGACAAGGUGCAUCUCCAUUUUCUUUGUGGAGUUCCAGGCGUAUUUUGGGCAGGAUUAUGCCAGAACAGCUUGGAUCCACUCCAUUGUCGACUGUGCCACAAUGCUCUGUGCCCCGCUUGGGAGUUUCAUCAGUAAUCAUGUGUCCUGCCAAGUUGGUAUCAUGCUAGGAGGGCUGCUCUCAUCUACUGGACUAAUUCUGAGUUCCUUCGCCACCAGCCUGGAACAUCUCUAUUUAUCAUUAGGAGUCCUUACAGGACUUGGAUUUGCUCUCUGUUAUUCUCCAGCUAUUGCAAUGGUGGGCAAAUACUUCAACAAAAGGAAAGCCCUGGCUUAUGGAAUAGCUAUGUCUGGAAGUGGAAUCGGUACCUUCAUCCUGGCUCCUGUGGUCCAACUCUUAAUCGAGCAGUUUUCCUGGCGUGGGGCAUUACUUAUCCUAGGAGGUUUUGUCCUAAACCUCUGUGUCUGUGGUGCCUUGAUGCGGCCUAUUGCCCUUGAGGAGGACCGUAAAACUGUUCCGGGGCUUCUUGAAAAAGAUUAUGUCCCUGAAGCACAGAAACAAGACUUGAAACGAAUGUCUCUCUGUUCACCUUUAAUCAAAACAUGGUCACAUGAGUGUUUAUGCUACUGUUCAUGGAAGGAAUAUGACUUUUUACUCAUGCCGGGCUUUAUGGUGCUAGCAGUGUCUGUUUUAUUUAUGGCAUAUGGCUGCAGCCCUCUGUUUGUCUACUUAGUGCCUUAUGCUUUGAGCGUUGGAGUGAGCCAUCAUCAGGCUGCCUUCCUCAUGUCCAUACUUGGCGUCAUUGAUAUCAUUGGUAAUAUCACCUUUGGAUGGCUAACAGACAGAAGGUGUCUGAAAAAACAUCGGUACUUCUGCUACCUCUUUGCUGUAGGAAUGGAUGGCCUCUGCUGUCUUUUCCUACCAGUUCUCCAAAACUUCCCCUUGCUUGUGCCUUUCUCAUUUACCUUUGGAUACUUUGACGGUGCCUAUGUAACACUGAUCCCUGUUGUGACGGCGGAUGUUGUGGGAACUUCUUCUUUAUCAUCAGCACUGGGUGUUGUGUACUUCCUGCAUGCCAUACCAUAUCUAGUGAGCCCACCCGUUGCAGGUUGGCUUGUGGAUACAACUGGCAGUUACACGGCAUCAUUCCUCCUGUGUGGAUUUUCUAUGAUAUUUAGUUCAGUGUUAUUAUGUUUUGCCAGACUGGCAAAGAAAAUGAAGAGGACACAUUUGAAGUCACUCUCCACUGAUACUCACAGCAAACAGCACAUCUGGACAAAUGGAGCAAUAGCUUAUUCUGUCACAGGAGAAUUAGACCAAAAAGAUGCUGAAUUUUUACCUGUGGAUACAAACAGCUAUAGCAACAGAUGACAAUCACUCUUAAGAUUCAGCACUGUGCAAUCACAAUGAGACAGAGGAGACUGCAUCAUGUUGCAGUGCUGAAGAUGAUAGUCCUGUGACACAAGGACAGUUAGAUAUUUCUGUCAUGUUUUGAUAGGCUAGAAUCUGCAAACAGCAUAGGAACUUGGAGUGGUAGAUCAAAACUAUACUGAGAAUAGAGUUGGUAGAUAAAAGUUUUGACAGAUUUAGUUCUAAAGCGGUAUGUUGACUCCACAGGUAACCUGAAAAAAUAUAAUUGGCUAUGAUCGAAAGAAAACAAUAAAGUAAUCAGUCACCAAAGAUGAAAAAUAAUGUUUAAAUUAUUUAAAAAAUAGUAUUAAUUAAAUAGGCAUUUCACUGUUCCUGCCUGUUAGUUUUCAAUGGAAUAAUCACAGAUGCCACCAGAAAGCCUCUCCAUUUUUCAGGCUGCAUCAAACUCUUUGCCAAUGACUGUUUUGAAUGCCAAAGCCAUUUUUUAGAAAAUCUGACAGAAAGCUGUGAUUUAUGCUGAAAGUAUAUCUGAAGCUGCUUUAAUUUCUACAGUGUGCCUGAAUCAUGUGCAUACGUUGCAACUUCGUUUCAAGGGUGGCUUGAGUCCUGCUUUCCCAGUCCCCCUGCAGCAAAAUGUUCAGGUGGUUUGGUUGCUGGCGGUUUUUGGUUGGUUGUUUUUUUUCCCCUGGAAACCUUUAGAGGCUGAAUUUCUGAAUGUUGACAUUCCAGGUAUGAUCCUCCAGCUGGUGUUUUCUGAGUGGGUGUAAGAGGGUCAUGGCUGCUCUGCCAUCUGAACAUUACUAGCUUAGAUCUGUGCAAGCAGAUUACUGAGAAGUAAUAGCUCACCACACCAGCUAUUAGUAAAGAGAAUGUUGGCUGACAAGUUGCUCCUGUGUAUUGCAAUGGCCAGUCUGUCCCUUUUUUUUGCAUCCGGGAGCUGUAUCUUUAGAUGAUUCUACUUACUCACUUAUACCAACUAACCAGGUCACUUGUCCUGGACAGAAAGCAACAGCUGUGAUUUGCCAAUGAUUUCCUGCUACUUGUGCUAGGGAUAUUUGCUACAUCUGGCUACUUUGUGAGACCUGGAGACUGAAUGUAGCUCAUGAGGUAAACUACUGAUGGUUGGUUUAUUAAAAAUGGGAUGCUUCUACAUUUCCAGGGUGAAUCCGUUAAGAGAUGGAGAAACUUCACAUUCUGAGAUGCAGAUUUUUUCUGUUUGAUGAUGUAUGAAGCUGUAGUCUAUUCAUUAGCAAAUUGAUUGGAAUCCAGAUAAGUUUAAUCAAUGUUGUAAUGUUGUUGACCGCCUGCAGUAUGCUUGGUGUUUGCUGUUGGUGUCCAAUUCCAUUCUGUGCCUCAAGGGGGAGACCAACAUGGGCUGCUGUUCAUGACUUUGACUCAGAUAAGAGAACAGCCACAGGGUCAUCAUGUAUUUUAUAUCUAUCAGUACUGUGUGUAUCAAUUACUUUUAUUUUUCAUGCAUAUUUCAAAUACAAUGCAUUAAAACUGUUUGACUUCA